AUGAAUAUUCAAGUAAAAGACUUUAAUUUAAGUGAAGAAAGAAUUAAAAAAAUAAUAAAAAGUAAAAGAACUGUUCAUGUAAAAAACACAUAUAUAUCACCUUAUGUUCUUUACAACAAAAGUAAUAGUAACAAUCAGUUAAAAUUUAAUAAAAUAUUUACUAACAAAAAUAGUAUUUUUAUAAAUAAUAGUUACGAUUAUACUAAAGAAAAUUGCUAUGAACAAAAAAUUUUAAGAAAUAAAUUAUUUAAUUAUUUACAUACUAAGUCUCUUCAAAAUAGAGAUGGGGAAUGUGAGUUAAAUACAUUUACUACUAUGAUACAGAUGAAUUCAGACGAGGGAAGUGAUAAAGAUAAUGAAACAAUAAUAAAUGAAAAUAAUGAUUUAGCAUAUAAUUUAAAGAAAAUUGAUAUUCUUAAUGAUAAAAAUGAUAAUAAAAGAACAAAAAUUACUUCUAAAUCAAAUGAAUCUAAUGACUGCAACAAAAUUUAUAAUACUGAUAAUAUCAAUAAAAAAAAUAACAACACACAUGAAGAUAUUGAAGCAUGUUUCACUUUUUCAAACAAUACUUAUCUUGGAGAUGUAACGUUACGAAAUAAUACGAGGUGCAAUAAGAAAAAAGUUGAUUUUAAUGAUAAUUAUAAUUUUAGCAAAAGCUCUCCAGAUGACAUAAUAUACAAAUGUGAAGAUUCUAUACCUCUUGGUACUAUAUUAAAUAUUCACAAUUUAGAUAAUAGUAGUCAUCUUACCACUGUUAUGCUUAGAAAUAUACCUAAUAAGUAUACUCAAAAUAUGCUAAUGGAUGUUAUGAAUGAACAUUUUAAAGGAUUAUAUGAUUUUUUUUAUUUACCAAUUGAUUUUCGUAACAAAUGUAAUGUUGGAUAUGCAUUUAUUAAUUUUAUUCAUCCACAUUAUGCUGAACUAUUCAUAAAAUUCUUUAAUAAUUACAAGCUAAAUGCUUUUAAGAGUAAUAAAGUAUGCUCAGUUACAUGGGGUAGAGUACAAGGUUUGAAAGCAAAUAUAGAACAUUACAGGAAUUCAGCAAUUAUGACUAUACCAAUACCUCAAUAUAAACCUAUACUUUUUCAAAAUGGAAUAGCUGUUUCAUGGCCUGAAUCAGAUAGACCCUUACCAGCUAUUAAAUUAAGAUCCCAAAAAUAUUGA